ACUUUCGUCACUAUUUGUUUUGUUGCUACUUGUUUGCAAAUCUCAAAUAUUCGGAUUUGUUUUUGAAACUUAAAAAAGAAAUGGGUGAAGAAACUAUUAACUCCACGCAAAACAAAACCAGGACGAAAACCACGCGCCCCAAAGCAGUGUACCUGUGGACAGUCAGCGAUGUGUUGAAGUGGUAUCGACGACACUGCGGGGAAUACACCCAAUACGAGCAGCUUUUUGCCCAGCACGAUAUAACCGGAAGGGCUCUACUCCGGAUCACAGACUCCUCACUGCAAAGGAUGGGCGUUACGGACAACCGGGAUCGGGAAGCCAUUUGGCGGGAGAUCGUUAAACAGCGACUUAAGACGGACAUAAUGGAAAUCCGGGAUAUGGAGAGGCUCAAUAUUUACUAGAUACACAGUAUACUUACAAUCUUUGCUUUACAAAUGGAAUAUUUAAAUAUUAAUAUGUGGUUAUUAUGUAAACCUUCUUUUUAAGAUGCUUAGACGCCAUAUAUGGUUUUAGAUUAGGCAAACAAGUAUGUUAUUGAUCAAAUAUAGAAAAAAUUACUUUUCUGACCCGUA